CGGCGACGUCAUCGCGCAGGGCUGGAGCCCGUCAAACACAAAGAUCAACAGACGGCGGGCGACAACACGGAGAAGAUGGCGAGUGCGGUGAUGCUGGGCGCCGGUGGCGGCGGAGAUGGAGAGGGCGCGGACCGGGACAGGGACCCCCAGGGAGGGGAUGCCGUGCUCCCGGACCAUGACGGUGUAGCGGAGCCCCCGCAGGCCUGGCCGUCCUUGUGCCGGCCGCUCCUCAGCUGCAUGGAGACGGCCUGGAGCUGGCGGCGACCCGGCCUCAGCGCCGCCCUCUUCCUCGGCUCCAACGCCGUGUUCUGGUUCCUUGCUUUAACACCGUGGAGGCUGUAUUCCCUCGUAGCUUUAUCCUUCCUCUUGCUGGUGACGAUUGAAAAUAUAAAGGCUUUAACUCUGUACCUCAUAAAAGGUUGGAAGAAAAACAAGAACCUCAAUGAAAGCUGGAAAGUGACUGAAGCCAAACAGGAAAGCACAGCGAGGUCCAGCCAGUGCAUCGCAGAGUCGUGGAUGAGUUGUACAGUGCUGUUUGAAGAAAUGGCCAGCUUCAAGAAGCAAAACCCAGGAAAGUUUUGCCUCCUUGUUUGCAGUCUCUGUACAUUUUGUGCGGUUAUUGGACGCUAUAUACCCGGUGCCCUGGUGUCAUACUUCUUGUUGCUGUGUUUCCUGCUGUGGCCUUUAGUAACCUCGUACGACCUGUGGCAUCGUUUUUGUACCAAGGCUGAACCAGUUCUGCAGCGACUGGAUUUUGGCCUGAGGGACCUUGUACAACAUUUGCAAAGAAGGAUAAAAAUGAAGCAGGAGAGAUUGGCUGAGAGGAAAUCAGAAGACGAGAGUGAAGCAGACACGUCAGCUCUCUGUCCCAAGAUAAGUAGCUCGGGAGCUGGUAAAGAGCUAUCCAUUUCAGACACGGAGCUAUCUGAAACGUCUUGGACAGAGAAUGGAACCUUUAACUUAUCUGGAGGCCACACUCCCCAGACAGAUGCUUCCGAUGACUUGGACCGUCCGAGCGACCACGAAGAGGCGUUUGCCAGAGAUCUCCCGGAGUUCCCUUCGAUAGAUAACAAGGGGACGAUGGACGAUGACGACGACUCCAGCAUCGGCAUCCCCACCCCCCCGUUCCCCACCCUGGAGACGGGUUUGUGUCAGGAAGACCUGGGGUCGGUGGUGGCCGGCCUGGCCCUCAACCUGUCGAGCGAGCAAAGCCUGGCCCUGAUCAGCACCAUGGCGAGCGGAGCCAUCGCCGCGGCCGUCACCUCCGCCAUGACCGGCCCGCCGCGGGCCGCCCACACCGGUCCCUCCUGCUCCUCCUCGCCGCCGCCACCGCCGACCACCCCCAGCGAAGACACCGACACCGAAGACGCCGACGACUUUGAGCUGUUGGACGAGUCCGAGCUGGAGCAGAUCGAGAGCGAGCUGGGGCUGGGGCUGGAGCAGGGCCAGGCGGACAGGCACCAAGCCGGCAACGACGGCAAGCCGGGAUUUCUCUCGAACCUACUGGGAGGAGGCCACUGAGCCCACCCCCCCCCUCCCCGCUGCUGCUGGGCUGGAUAACAAAUAUGCAGACCAUAUUUCAAACAAUCGCAAGCUCACAAGCUUAUUCACUGCAGUUGUUUCCCCACUCUCUGCCCCCCUUCCCCCUUCCCUCCCUC